AUGGAAGGAAAAGUGCUCCUCACCCUGCUGGGGCUGUGCAUGGGUCUGGUGGCUGGGACACAGGAUGCUGUGCUGAAGGAAUUUGACUUUGUCAAGUUUUCAGGCCUCUGGUAUGAGAUUGCCUUUGCUUCCAAGAUGGGUAUGCCCAGCUUGCCCCUCAAGGUGGAGAAGAUGGGGGCUGUGGUGGUCAAGCUGGAAGGGAACCAACUGACCCUGACCACCACCUAUUACAAUGAGAAGGGCUGUGUGAUAGAGCAGGUCAGAGCCUUGCCGGGGGACGCUCCAGGGAGGUUCAAAGUCAUUAGAACAGCUGGAGACAAGGAUGUCGAGAUCGUGGCUACCGACUCUAAGUCCUACACCAUCAUGGACGUCUUUCUCCAAAUGGCUGGGACAGUCCAUCGGGUCAUGAAACUUUAUAGCCGGAGCCUGGACCACAAUGAGGAAGCCUUGAAGAAGUUCCACAUGGUGGCUCAGGAGCGUGGGCUCACGGGGCCAGACAUACACCUGCUUAAGAAUGACUUGACCUGUGUGAAUGCAUUGCAGUUGGUAAGUUUUCCCAUUCCUGAGCCUGGUGCUGUGCUGGGCACCCGCUGGAGGUGUGCCGAGUUCCUGAAGGAGUGCCCCCAGGACCCUGCAGGGUUCCAUGCACUACUCUUCUGCCUGCAGGAGCUGAUCUAG